AUGUUUGCGACGAAGGUUUACAUCAUUUGUCUUACAUUUGUGUGCAUAAAAGUCAAUGCCAAGCAGUAUGAAGUAGAUGGUAAAGGAUACCACGAUCAUCAUCAUCAUAAGGCCUACUCGUACCAACACUUUUAUGGACCAGUUCACGGACACCAUUAUGAAGUAACGUGGUAUGAUAAGCAUGGUCACAAGUCACACGACUUUAAAGCAGAUCCAAAAUAUAAAUUUGCUUAUGGCGUUGAUGAUCAUCACACACAUGAUUUACAUGGACAAAAAGAAUAUCGAGAUGGCAAAGAUCUACACGGAGAAUAUCACAUCCAUGAACCUGGUGGUAAUGUAAGAACAGUUAAAUAUUAUUCUGAUCCGCAUGGUGGAUUUUUUGCUGAAGUUCAUAAUCAUGGAGGCAACGAUCAUUCAGGCUAUGGAAAAUGAUUAUUCAAAUCAAGACUUUUGUGAUUAUUAAAGUUAAUUAAUAAAGAAAACUUCUAAGAUCAA